AUGGAGAAUGGUUUUAUCAAAACUCGAAAGAACAGUUCUCUACUAGAAACAAACACCAAAUAUCGGAGUCUAGUAGGAGCAUUGUUGUACAUCGCUGUAUGUGCUAGACCAGACAUCGCUGCAAGUGUGUCUAUUUUGGGAAGAAGUGUAUGUUCACCGACAGAGGCUGAUUGGGUAGCUGCUAAACGUGUGAUUCGCUACCUGAAAGGAACGAAAAAGUGGAAGUUACAAUACGGAGAUCCUGAAGGUAAGCUGACUGGAUACUCAGAUGCGGACUGGGCGGGUGAUUUGAAAACUCGGAAGUCUACCACCGGAGUUGUCUACAUGUAUGCCGAAGGAGCAAUUUCGUGGACAAGCCGUCUACAGGAUUUCGUAACUUUGUCAUCGAUGGAGUCGGAAUAUGUAGCACUAAGCGAGGCAAGCCAAGAAGCGGUUUGGUUAUUGAACAUAUUCGAAGAUUUCGGAGAGCCGUCGUUCAAGCCAGUCACGCUGCGGGAAGAUAACCAGAGUUGCAUCAAAUUUGUAAGUUCAGAGCGGGCAAUGAAGCGAUCGAGACACAUAGAGACACGUCAGUGUUAUGUUAAAGAGUUGUGUGAUGUGAAAUUGUUGGAGUUGCUGUAUUGCCCCACCGAAGACAUGGUUGCAGACAUACUCACCAAGGCGCUUGGACAUAUAAAACUGCGGAAGUUCGCCGGUAUGUUAGGAUCGACCGUCGAGGAUCGUUGA